AUGCUCCUCGGCAUUGGGCUGCACCACCGGCUUCCUUCUGUCAGUCUUCCUCCGCAGAAUGGAAACGGGGAAGGUGAAUAUGACGGUGGUGGUAGUGGUGGUGGUGGUGGUGGUGGUGGUGGUGGUGGUUGUUUUGGUCUAGUCGACAUGCCGAUCCCCAAUCCUUCGUCGCUACCUGCGGGGCCAAACGACGUACUCGCCACCGGCUUCGAUACAGCCCACGUGCAGGUGACGACUGGGUCGGGCCUGCAUGACCGCACCGUGGCCGAGCACACCCUGGGCCUGCUGCUCAAACGCGACCUGGCGCUUCUACGAAAUGCGCGACUGCCAGGUGCCGCUAAGCACCUGGUAUAUAUUGAAUAAGGAGCGGCUGGACUUGCUACCGAAGUAAUUAUAUUGAGCUGGUGGCGACCCUCCGCGCCACAGCUAUACACCUUCCAAGCGAAACCACUGUCUGGUCAGAUGGGAAGGAGUGUUGUAUGUCUGCUACGUCGGUUUCUGGUUGUUGUUGGACCUGUCCGUCUAAGCAGACUUAGAGGCGCCGCACUGGAUAUGUUUGAGUAGGAGCCGCUGCCCGCCGGGAACAAGCUGUAUAAUAAGGCGCGGAAUUUGAUUUUAUCGCCU